UCUGUUUGAAACACAAAGUAUUUCACAAGUACAAAGCGCGGACGACUCACGUUUAUUAGUAAUCACUAUCUUAUCUAGCAGUGAUAAGCCUGUGCUAAAAAACACACCCGUGCUCCUUGUGGCGUACCGUAAACUUAAGUUUUAUAAAAACUCCCUUUUAUUAUUGUGAUUACUUUAUUAAAUCUGUUAUUAAAAUAACUAAGAUGGCUCAAAAGAAGCCCCUUUUGUUCUACAUUGCUGCUAUUUUAGUUAUAUUAAGCACCAUCGCUCAAGAAGCAGAAGCGAGAAGAAAAAUUCUUAGAGGAAGACGUGUUAUGACAAGGACAUACUACCAUGGCAACGCUGUACCGGCAUGGGCGAUCAGUCUGAUGGCGGGAAUAGGAAUGCUGCUCGUUGGUGGAGUUCUGUACGUUGUAAUGCGUAAAAUAGUGCUUUCGUCUGAAACUGGCUCCCUUAAUACAUACCAGCCGGCGUUACAGAACGAAGAUGUUUAAUUCGCUAUUUUUUUAUAACUUUAUUUAAUUACGAAAUUUUCUAGGUUUUAAUAGAUUAAUUUUAUGUUUAAAACUAACUUGUAACUAAAAUACCAUCCGGAUCAUUAUAAAC